ACAACUACCGGGGUGCGAGUCCUCAGUUUCGUUUAUUUUUUGUAUGAAAAAUUGUCACAUUUUGUACGGAGCAAGACAUUCUGGCUGACCUCUUCAAGAGGGAUGUAACUUGUGCACGGCCCAUCCUAGCAAUCUCUGAGUUGCACUUCCAAAUACGUGUGUAGUUUAGCUGUCCAACAAGCAAAAAAGGCUCGCAGUUUUUCUCUGACUUCUAGAAAAGUCGAAACUCUUUUCGUUUUAUGCAGUGUGUAAAUUGUUUCUUCUGAACAUUUUGUGGUGAAAUCCAAGUUUAUCUUUACCUAGUCACUUUGAUUGAUAGCUGCAGAGUAAAAACACAACAUUUGAAGAACAUUUUAAUUGAAUUGACUGGCGGGCUGCAAUUUUAUUACCUACCGUAGAGAGAAAAAAGUGCAACAAGAUGUCCGAAAGCGACUGGGAUACAGUGACCGUGUUGCGUAAAAAGGCCCCAAAGGCCUCAUCUCUCAAGACUGAAUCGGCUGUGAAUCAGGCUCGCCGUCAGGGUCUUGCCGUGGAAACCAGUCAGAAAUAUAAUGCGGGCACAAACAAGCAGCACACCGCGCCGAAAAACACCGCCAAGCUGGACCGGGAACACGAAGAGCUGAAGCAUAAACAUGUGUCGCAUAGCGUCUCCAAGCUGAUCAUGCAGGGCCGUCAGGCCAAGGGUCUCAGUCAGAAGGAUCUUGCGACGAAAAUCUGCGAAAAGCCCCAAAUAGUCAAUGACUACGAAGCAGGUCGCGGCAUUCCUAACAACUUGAUCCUGGGCAAGAUCGAACGGGUGAUUGGAAUAAAACUUCGUGGCAAGGACAUCGGCACCCCGAUGGCGCCUCCCGGUAAGAAGUGAACAACGUCGGGAGGCAAAAGUAAUUAAACACACAAACACCCUUGCAAAAAAAAAAUAAUGAAGCAAACUCACUUUAUGCCCGUACAACAAGUGUGAAUCAUACUAACUGGCAGGAAAUUGCUGCAAAAAACAUCAUUUUGAGGUGGAUUCUUGUAACAAAACCCUAACGAGAAGGAAAAUACUAGUUUGUUGCUUCAAGAGCGAGGAAAUAUAAGUCUCAGCGUACGCGAGAAACUACUUUCACCAGCAGUUCCCACAUAUUUUUCCCAAAAUUAGCUAGUAGUACAAUAUCAAAAAGCAAAAGAGUUAACCCUGAGUUUGAAGCCAUUGUUGUGGGAAAAAUAUAUUUAGUGUUAGUGCAUUUUUUCUUGUUCAGCUAAGAAUAAGGUGGUUCGAAUAAAUCGUUGCUAUCACUGAUCAUAUUUAGAUGAUGAUUGUACUCUAUACGAUAUAGUGCUAAAUAAAAAUCACAUUAUUCGUAAAUCUUACAUAUUUCUUUCGAAAACUUGUUUGAACUUAUGCUAGCUGUAAUAGUUGUAUUGAAGAAUACUGGAAAGGAAAACCACAUAAAUUGCAUGCCCAAGUUUGAGUAGUAACUUCAUUUCGUUUGUCAUAUCGCUGCUUGAACUCCUAAAUCUCAUGAUGAUGAGGUAUGUAAUUGCUUUUGUGUUAAAAUACAAAUCCAUUGCCUGCAAAGGCCAUCUAUAAAUCACAGUAGUCUUUUGUGGGGUUGUUUGACCAAGGCCACAACCCAUAUAAAUUGAACAAAAUCCAGAAAAUUAGACCACGUGGUAUAUGGAUGACCUCUAGAAUGUGUUUUCACCCUUGAAUUCGCGAAUAAUUCGAUUUAUCUUCAAACAUUUCAGGAAGCAACUAAUUAAGAAGAGGAAUUGAGGACGGCAAUGAAGAUGGGACAAAACUGGACAUUUAAUCGAAAUUGGCGCUUGAAUGGAAAUUGUAACGACAAAUCAGAAACAUUCUGUAGCAGUCCCAUUGCAUGCUAUCUCAAAGCUGAUAAACUCUUGCAGCACUUGGAGCAGAUGUUCAGCGAAAGUUUAACAGUUUUGUGCAUUUGUCUAUAGGUACUAUUUUCGCACCUAAAUCACUAUAUUUUACAAUGUUUAUCAAAGGUUGAAUGAUAUCAGUAAGUGGUUUUAUUUGAAGUUUUACUACCAUUAACCUUGAUUACCAAUUUAUACACAUGUAGAAUAUGUUUAAUUUUAUGUGCUAAAACCGAACCUGCUAAAAUACAUUGUCAUAUGUUAUUUGACGAUGAUAAAAUAAUAAAAAAAGAUUUAUCAAUCUCAUCUGUAGAUGUACAAACUCA